UAUCAGAAGCUGUAUGCUCAGACUGUGCUUCGCUUCGCGAGGAAAAUACAAUCAAAUCCCAUUCAAACCUUCAGUCUAUAAAAAGAGCGUUUUGACAAUCGAACUGGGUGUGAUCCACAAUUUGUGACACACUUUAGUUGGCUGUUUUACGCGAGUUUGUGCGGCUUACUAAUUGUUUUGUGUGAAUUUUCCACCAGCGAAAUGGCCGGCAAAGGGGAUGGAGAAGGCGAAGGAAGUAUUCUAAAGCUAGAGAACCAGAUUGCGGUCUUGAAAUAUGUGCUACUGUUUACCAAUGUGUUGGAAUGGAUUAUUGGAGCAGCCAUUUUCGCUCUGUGUUUAUGGCUGAGGUUCGAGCCAGGAAUCAAUGAAUGGCUAACUAUUCUCAAUGCUAGCAACUUCUACAUUGGAAUCUACAUUUUAGUUAUUGUGGCCGCUAUUAUUAUGGUGGUUUCCUUUUUGGGCUGCUUGAGCUCGCUGCAGGAAAACGCGACGAUUAUUCUCGGGUACAUUGGAUCUCAAGUUCUGGCGUUCAUUAUCCUGCUGGCUGGAUCAGCAGUGCUUUUGGAUAACAGCGCAAGAGAUUCCAGCUUCCAACCCCGAGUACGUGAAAGUAUGCGGAUACUGAUUAUGAAUUCACAGUACGACGAUGCCCGAAACACUCUUGCCAUGAUCCAGGAAGGUAUUGCUUGCUGCGGAGCCGAUGGUCCAGGCGACUACUUAACUUUGCAACAGCCAAUUCCCACGGAAUGUCGAGACACUGUUACCGGAAAUCCAUUUUUCCAUGGAUGCGUGGAUGAAUUAACCUGGUUCUUUGAAGCCAAAUGCGCCUGGAUUGCCGCCUUGGCCAUGCUUGUCGCCUUUAUUACGGUUAUGAAUGUGGUCGUUUCUAUUGUCCUCAUCCAAGCACUGAGGAAAGAAGAAGAACAAGCUGACACCUACCGGAAGUAGAAUCCCAAAAUCAGCCCUAUUGUACAAUUUUAUUUACAUAUAUACCGUUCUCAUGCUUUGCAAUAAGUCUCACAUCAGUGCAACAAGGCUGAUGCCCGAAUUGCUGUGCUAGAAAGAGAGCAAACAUAAACAAACCAACGUUAGGGGCGGGGUUUCAGUAAACCUGGACUCCGCCCUCAACAGCCAUUGCCUCUCUUUCUAACAAAUUGCUUUAUUGCACUACUUUGUUCCGCUACUUUUCGCGAUUUGUUUGAUAGGACAUAUACAAAUUUUCGACUUUUUUAGUACAAUAUUCGUUUUUAAGUAGUUUAUCUUAGUGUCGUUUUAACCUGCCUUCAAUUUGAUAUGUUAUAUAGUAUUUUAUUAGUAGUUUGUAGAUUAUUUUUUAAAUAUUUAAUAAGAUCAAACAGGGUCUGCUUGCCAUGUCAAAAAUAACAUUUUCUUUUAAAUAUUCAUGUACCGUUUUCCACAAAGUUUGACUUUAAUAUUCAAUGGCAAAGUUGUAAGCGCUGAAUGGUAACGAAAUUAUACAUAAUUAUUACAGGA